UCAAAUAACAUCAACUUCCUCGUUCAAAGACCAAAAAAGUCUUUCUUUCCCAAACCUGCCCUCGACAAGCUGAAAAAUGCCGCUCAAGCUGUUGGACGCCACCAUCUCCAACUUUGACACUGUGUUUGAGAAAUUCCGAUCAGAAGCUCCGAAGAACAAAGCCAAUCUCAUCCUCUUCGUGGCUGACAAAGACCCUUCCACUUCUCUCAGCUGGUGCCCUGAUUGUGUGAGAGCUGAACCAGUAAUCUACAAGAAGCUGGAAUCGGCCUCCGAUGAUAUUGCACUUUUAAGAGCAUAUGUGGGAGAUAGACCAACAUGGAGGAAUCCCCAACACCCUUGGAGAGUAGACUCAAGGUUUAAACUGACCGGAGUUCCAACACUUGUUCUGUGGGAGAAUGAUGCUAUCAAAGGUCGCCUUGAAGACCAUGAAGCACACAUUGAAAGCAAAAUCGAUGCCCUUGUUGCCAGUAAUUAAGUUCAAACUCUUUCAUGUGUAAGGUAUAUGAUUAAGAAUUCCAUAUAUUUCAUGGACCAUCCUCCUUAGAAAUGUUAUAUCUUCUAUGAGUGGCAGCAAGGAAAUAAAGUUUUAAAUAAGCUUCCUUCUUAAAACAUAAGUAGUGGUUUGUAUAAUAUAUAUAGUAUAUUGGUAUUA